GCAGCCGCAAUCAACACGAGGUCGAGCAGGGCUAGCUGUUUUUUCUUCACGCGUAGGAGCUGGUCCGACAGCCAACACCGGAAUUUUGAAACACGAUGAAGAUACAACUACAACAAACAGCGAGAAAAAGUUUCGCUUCCCACCGUCUUCUUCUGCAGCACGUAGUACCUCCCGUGCGAGGGAUAGGUUAGCACAUCCGGAGAGCACGAUGAAGAUGAAACAAACGCCAAGUUUUUGCGCGUCGCCCUUCUCCUUGCUUUUCUCAAGUCAGCAAGCUGCGACCACGCAGGCUGAAGUUCGUGAAGAUGACGACGACUUGACAAGCGAAGUGCAAGCGCUCGAUCAUAAUUCAUCCGACGACGAAGGAACAAGUGGCCGCGAAGGAGUAGUAGACCUGUCCCCCGGCGAUUCCCUAGUCUACGGCCUAGAGGACGAUGUUGAGGCUGGGGACCAUGAUGACAGCAAUGGUUUUCAUCCGAAGUACGCCGAGCGGGUGGGGGCUGGAAGCUACAACUCCAGUCCCUACCGUCUCCUCUCCUCGAGCACAGGAGCUUUGCACUCUACAUCGUCACUUCGACCGAAUUUCCUCUUCUACAACGACAGCAACACGAGUACAACCGCCCAGAAAAUCUUUU